AUGUUGAAACUCGGCCUUUUUUUCGCUUCUCUUUGUUUCGUCCUUUUUGCGAUGCCUCUGGACACCGAAAUGGACAUUUCCAAGCUGGUAGGAAGCCUAAGAAUUUUUUAAUCAAAAUUUAGAUCUCCUUCACUCCGGCUGUGGACUUCUCGGUUCAAGUGCCAGUCAAUCAACUGCAAUGUUUGAGGCAGAACGGAUACAACCUGCUCCUACUCAGGUUGACUUUCUAUUAUUCAAUUAAGGGAGUGGGAUUUCGUUUUUAGCUUGUGAAUUUUCCUCGGUCUUUACCAAUGUGCUGAAAGACUUCGAAACGAUUUUUCGGACGAAAAUUUAAAAACUGGACGAAAUGAAACAGUAAAAGUCUUUACUAGUGCAUAGCCAUCAUCGCAUAGACUUAUCUCAAAGUCCGUUUUUCGCGACUUGAAAGGACGGGACUUCUCUGCGCCCUCCUCAUCUCUCGCCCUGUCUCUCAUUUUUACGUGCUAUUUCCAUGUUUCUCUGACCUCGCCGGUGAGGGAACAGAGAGACGCAGACUGUCAAGUCGCGGCGGACGAACUAUAACUUGAACUAGGAAAACCUUCAAUCAGCCAUUUAUAGAGGAUUUUCCGCUGAAGGAGACGGCGAAUUUGAUCCGAAUGCCAUCAUCAAUGGCCACAACGCCAUGAGAUGUCAGUUUUGAGAUUGCUACUUAAAUAAACUUCCAAUUUUAGAUUCAUUCGGACUUCAAAUUUACAUGGAACCUCAGCCCGCAUCCAAAACCAAGAACGCCACCCAACAGUUGGAUGAAAUGAUUGGAGCGCUUUAUCACUACGGCCUCCACUUCAGAAACUUCUGGCUCCAAGUUUCUCGACUUUUCUUUUCUUCGUCAUCGGAAGAUUCAGGUCUCUUCCAAGUCUCUGUCGACGUGGAACAGCGACGCCGCUUCCAACAUCGCCUUCCUCGACGCAAUCAUCUCCCAGGCUCAUGUAUACCUAGCAAAUAGGCAUUUUGUUAUUUCAAAGCUUCAGCACGGAGGAAUCGGUGUCGGAGUUUUCACCAGUCAAGAUGACUGGAAGACGAUCACGAACAACUGGAUUCCCAACUACCCCAGCCUUCCUUUGUGGUACUCCAACGUCAAAGGCAACGGUGUCCAAGGAGAGACUCCUCAAGACUUCAAUGACUUCGUGCCAUUCGGACCUUUCACAACUCCCACCGCCAAGCAGUACGGCAUCGGCGAGUCCGACUGUCAGGUUGCUAACAACAGGUGAGAGAAAAACACCUGUUACUUUAUUUCAAACCAUGAUUCUCCAGAGACAUCUACGUCAACAGUCAAGCUGCGCCUCAGAGUCUUUUCCAAGCCGGAGCGCCGAAAACCCUUGAAGAAGCUUAUCGAAACGUCUAACAUCUUUUAUUUUGAAUAAAAUCCUUCGAAGUUUAGUUAACUCGAUUUUUCACAGAAACUUUAUAAAAGAAAGUUUUUGUGCUUCAGAAAUUCGGGUGCAAACUGCUUAUCGCCUUGUGUGUACUCUGGCUCCUUCGAUUAUGAAUUUUAUGAUUACAAAACAAAAAUUGAUCACUACGACAAGCAAUAAUCACUAUUCAAUCGGUAAAAUGCGGAUACUAUGUGUUGCUCUGACUGUCUUCUGUAUAAUUUCGGCGAAGCCUCUGGAAACUGAAUCUCACGUUUUUCCUUUGGUAUGAAGUUCGAUCUUCCAAAAGCAGAAGAACUUCAGAACUUCUACACUCCCGCUGUUGAUUUUUCCGCCCAUGUGCCGGUCAACCAGCUCAGCUGUCUGAAACUCAGCGGCUAUUUCAUCCUCUUCCUCAGGUUUUUUUUUCUCAAAUUCUCAAAUCAGAGUUAGAAAUUUAACGCGAAAAUGUAGCUCAAUGAAGAUUUGUUAAACAUUGAUUUUAGGGGAUUUUCCGCUGAGAACGACGGCGAAUUCGAUCCGAAUGCUAUCAUCAACUUCCAUAACGCAUUGAAAUGUCGGUUGGAAAAAUUUUGAUUUCUUCAAGCUUAGUUUGAGAUUCAUUCGGACUUCAAAUUUACAUGGAGCCUCAGCCAGCCUCCAAAACCAAGAACGCCACCCAACAGUUUGGAUGAAAUGAUGGGGUCUCUCACUCAUUAUGGGCUCUACUUCCGAUUCUUCUGGCUUCAAGUUUGUUUGAAACUUCCUUUCAGUUCAACUUUUUUAACCCACAGGUUUCCUCCAAAACUCUGUCAAAAUGGAAUAGCGACGCAGUUUUCAACGUUGCCUUCAUUGACGCAAUCAUAUCUCGGGCUCAAGUUUUAGGACCUGAUAAAUUUUUGCACUCUUUGAAGCUUCAGCAAGGAGGAAUCGGCGUCGGAAUCUACACAAACCAGGACGAGUGGAAGCAGAUCACAAACAACUGGACCCCGAACUACCCGAAUAUUCCUCUGUGGUACUCGAGCGUGAAGGGCAACGGUACCCAGGGAGAAACUCCGCAAGAUUUCAAAGAUUUCGAGCCUUUUGGACCUUUCACAACUCCCACCGCCAAACAAUACGGAGUAGGGCGAGUCAGACUGCCAGGUGGCUAAUAACAGGUAAAAAAUUGAUUUUUUCGGAUCUUAAAAGAGAUUUUCCAGAGACAUCUACAUCAAAAAUGAAGCCGCCCCGUUUAGCUUCUUACAUAUGGGGACGCCAAAAGCUCUCUGA